AUCGUGAUUGCUAGUGAGUGAUAGUGUUUGUGAGUGUUAGUGACAGUGUUAGUGACAGAGUGACAGAGUGACAGUGAGCGCCGUGAUGUCACCCCCACGUCGUGCGUGCCCGUGCCUGGCGCUCUACGCCUUGGCGCUGCUGCUGCUGCUGCUCGCCCUCGUGGCGCCAAACGCUCGCCGCAGAACCCUCUUCGACCCCCUCGCUCAGGACCCCUCCAACCCGUCCCCAGCUCUCUCUCACCUCCCUCGUCACCUCCCCGACUCCCUCUCCCUGCUCGAGCCACAUUCUCCCGCCGACCCCCUCGACUCCUUGGACCCCCUCGACCCCCGCGACGCCGCGUCCCUACCCCCGCUGCCGUACUCCGUGCCGCUCGACUACGGCGGCCGGGCCCGGCUGGAGUGGAGCGUGGACCCCGCCGAGCCCGGCCAUCGAGGGGACCCCGGGGAUCCCCGUCGCCUGACCCUGCGGGUGACCGUGAGCCCGUGGCGUCACGGACUCCUGCUGGGGCUGUCCGAGCGCGGCCGCUUCGAGGGCGCGGAGUUCGCGGCCUGGUGGGACGGCGGCGGCGGCGGCAACUUCGCGUGCGCGUGGACGGACGCGCGCGGCCUCCUCGUGCCGCGUCGGAGCGCGCUCCCCUGUGGAUUUCGCCUCGCGUCGCGGCAACGCAAGGCGCGUGCAGGGCGCGUGCUCACCGUCACGCGCGUCCUCGACACGUGCGAGCCGCGCGACUACCGCAUCCAGGAGGGCACGGUGCACGUGCUCUACGCGCUGCUCGAUGAGCCAAUCGCGCGCGAGCCCUGGGGGUCGCUGAACGUGACGUCACUGCGCGCGCGCGGGGUCCGCCUCGUGCGCCUCCUGCGGGACGGGGGCGGGGCUGGGGGCGGGGCUGGGGGCGGGGCUGGGGGCGGUCCGACCCAGCGCCCGCCGGCGGUGCUGGACGUGCGCGCGCCCAACGUGACGGUGCCCGCGCGCGAGACCACCUACUGGUGCCACGUGACCGAGUUCCCGCACACGGGCACCAAGCACCACAUCGUGAAGUUCGAGCCUCUGCUGACACGGGGCCACGAGGCCAUGGUGCAUCACAUGGAGGUGUUCCAGUGUCCCGGCGCGGGGGCCGCCCCCGUGACGCCCUUCAGCGGCCCCUGCGAUGACCCACGGCGUCCCGCGGGCCUCGAUGCCUGCCGCAGAGUGCUGGCCGCGUGGGCCAUGGGGGCCGAGCCGUUCACGUACCCCGAUGAGGCGGGGUUACCGAUCGGUGGUCCUGGAUCAUCGCCGCUGCUGCGCCUGGAGAUUCACUACCACAACCCGGGCCGGCUGUCCGGGCGCGUGGACAGCUCCGGCAUGCGCCUGCACUACACGGAGCAUCUCCGUGCCAACGACGCCGCCGUCAUGGAGCUGGGCCUCGUCUACUCGGCCCAAAUGGCCGUGCCGCCCGCUCAGCGCCACUUUCAGCUCACCGGAUACUGCCCCUCGGGGUGCACGCGCCAGGCGCUGCCACGUGGCGGGGUGCACGUGUUCGCCAGCCAGCUCCACACGCACCUGGCGGGCGUGGCGGUGAGCACGUGGCUCCUGCGCAACGGCACCGGCGAGCCGCGCGUCCUCAACGCGGACCCCCACUUCAGCGCCAGCCUGCAGGAGAUCCGACCCCUGGCCCCACCGCUACUCGUGCUGCCGGGCGAUCUGCUGGUCACGACGUGCACCUACAACACGGAGGACAGGCGCUCGGUGACCGUGGGCGGGCUGUCCAUCGAGCAGGAGAUGUGCGUCAACUACGUGCACUACUACCCGCCCUCGCCACUCGAGCUGUGCAAGAGCGACGUCAGCGGCCGCCCCCUCGCCGCUUUCUUCUCCUUCCUCGAGCGUAGGGGCCACUUCCGCACGCGUGCGGAUGACCCCGUCUCCGAGCGCUACUCCCGCGUGGCGUGGGACCGCGACGCCUCCGCUGCCCUGCUUCUCGCCGCUCUCUACGCCCAGGCCCCCAUCGACCUGCACUGCAACACCUCCGCACGCCAGCGCAUCCCGGCCCCCUGGCAAGAGCAACCCCUACCCGAGUGGAGCCCCCCGCCCGAGCCGUCCCGACACUGCCCGGCCUCCGAGGACUCGUCUGCGACGGCUCCGCCAGGCUUGGCGCGGCCGCUGUGCGCCGGCUGAACGAUCGCCCCUCCGCGCUCUCGCCCCCUCCAGAUCCGCCGCGGUGGCUAUGAGAUGUUGACUCCCUCGCCUGGUAUGCAGGAGGUGGUGGGUUCGAUCCCGACCCCUGAC